UAAGUCUAGAUUCUAGAGAGAGACCUUGUAGAUAUGGUAGAUACAUCUCUCACUUUCUCUUUCUAAAACGUUAGCCCAAACCCUCAUGGCCUCUUCUACUCCUCCACCCAACUACGCUCUAACCACCACAAAGCCCUACCAAAACCACCACCAGCAGCUCCACCAAACAAUCCAAAACCACCAGCACCACCACAACAAUCAGCGUCAGAAUCCCCACAACCACAACCACCGCCAGCACCACAAAUUGAUCUCCCAAAAUGUUUCUCUCAACGGCCCUCCGCCACCUCGAAAUGCUGCCAAAUCACCAUCAGCCUUCGCUGCCGCAACGCCUCUCUCCGCAAACCCUAAUUUCCCUUCUCUCGCUCCCGUCGCUCCAUCAAGAUCGGAACUUUCUGCUGAUUUCUCCGGCCGAAGAUCGACUCGCUUCGUUUCCAAGAUGCACUUCGGCCGCCCCAAGAAUGCGGUCGCAAGCCGACACUCGUUCGCUGCGGAAGAGGCUCUGCAACAAGCGAUUCGAUACAGCGGCGAUGACAAACACAUUGACAGUGUGUUGGUCAGUUUCGAAUUGAAGCUUUGUGGUUCCGAUGAUUACAAGUUCUUGCUUCGGGAGCUCGGUAAUCGGGGUGAAUGGUCCAUGGCGAUGCGAUGCUUUGAAUUCGCUGUAGGUCGCGAUCGAAGGCGUAGCGAGCAGGGUAAGCUAGCCAGUGCAAUGAUUAGUAUUCUUGGUAGAUUAGGUAAAGUUGAUUUAGCAGAGAAAGUAUUUGAAACCGCAGUUAAGGAGGGGUAUGGGAACACAGUUUAUGCAUAUUCGGCUUUGAUAAGUGCUUAUGCCAAGAGUGGGUUCUGUGACGACGCCAUUAGGGUUUUUGAGGCUAUGAAAAAUUCUGGUUUGAAACCAAAUUCAGUUACUUACAAUGCAUUGAUUGAUGCUUGUGGAAAAGGGGGUGCAGAUUUUAAAAGGGCAUCCCAAUUCUUCAAUGAGAUGCUGAAGAAUAGGGUUCAACCAGAUAGGAUUACUUAUAAUUCGCUGCUUGCUGUUUGUAGUGGAGCAGGGUUGUGGGAGACGGCAAAGAAUUUGUUCAGUGAGAUGGUUUAUAGAGGUAUUGAUCAGGAUAUAUAUACAUACAAUACCCUUUUGGAUGCUGCUUGUUCUGGUGGGCACAUGGAUGCGGCUUUUGAGAUAAUGGCGGAAAUGCCUACGAAGAGUAUCUUGCCUAGUGAGGUGACUUACAGUACUCUGAUUCGCGGGUGUGCCACGGCGGGAAGAUUAGAAAAGGCGGUGAGUUUGUUUAAUGAGAUGAAAUAUGCAGGAAUUAGUGCGGAUAGAGUUUGUUAUAACACUUUGAUUGCGAUUUAUGGGAGCCUCGGUAGGCUUGGAGAGGCUCUAAAUAUUUGUGAGGAGAUGGAGAAUGUUGGGAUUAAGAAGGAUGUUGUUACUUACAAUGCGCUUCUGGAUGGAUUUGGGAAACAAGGGAAAUAUGACAAGGUUAAAGAACUGUUACAAGGGAUGAAAGCAAAACAUAUUUUACCUAAUCUAUUGACUUACUCAACGUUAAUCAGUGUGUACUCAAAAGGUGGCUUGUAUCAAGAGGCAAUGGAGGUUUACAGAGAGUUUAAGCAGGAAGACUUGAAGGCCGAUGUUGUUUUCUAUAGCAAACUUAUUGAUGCCUUGUGUAAAAAAGGAUUAGUAGAAUCCUGUGUGUUAUUGCUUGAUGAGAUGACGAAGAAAGGGAUUCAACCUAAUGUCGUCACUUACAAUUCUAUAAUUAAUGCCUUUGGUCAGUCAGCAGCUGAAGAAUGUCUAAUUCGCGGUGCUAUUGGAACCACCGAGUCACGAAUGGAAUCUUCACCUUUGAUUGUUUUUGGAGAUGUACAUGCAGAGGAUGAUAGGAUCGCAAAGAUUUUUGAGCAGUUAGCUGCUGAAAAUUCAUGUCAUGCAAAUGAUAGUGACAGGGGCAGACAGGAGAUUCUGUGUGUCUUGGGAGUUUUUCAAAAGAUGCACGAAUUGCAAAUAAAACCAAAUGUUGUCACCUUUUCGGCAAUUCUAAAUGCUUGCAGCCGUUGUAAUUCAUUCGAAGAAGCUUCAUUGUUAUUGGAGGAGCUUCGUUUAUUUGAUAAUCAAGUCUAUGGUGUGGCACAUGGACUUCUCAUGGGCCACAGAGAAAAUAUAUGGAUGCAAGCUCUAUCCCUUUUUGAUGAGGUGAAGCAAAUGGACUCUUCAACGGCGUCUGCCUUUUAUAAUGCAUUGACUGACAUGCUGUGGCACUUUGGUCAGAAACGAGGGGCCCAACUUGUUGUGCUUGAAGGGAAGCGGCGUCAAGUGUGGGAGAACCCAUGGUCGGAUUCUUGCUUAGAUCUGCAUCUGAUGUCUUCUGGUGCUGCACGUGCAAUGGUUCAUGCCUGGUUACUCAACAUACGUUCUAUUGUUUUUGAAGGUCAGGAGUUGCCAAAACUAUUGAGCAUUUUAACAGGAUGGGGCAAACACAGCAAAGUAGUUGGUGAUGGCACACUAAAGCGAUCUAUUGAGGCACUUCUCACUGGCAUGGGUGCACCGUUUCAGGUUGCCAAGUGCAAUAUUGGCAGGUUUAUAUCGACUGGAGCUCCGGUGGCUGCUUGGUUGAGAGAAUCAGGCACACUGAAAGUGCUCAUUCUUCAGGAUGCCAGAAGUCCACCAGAAACUGGAACUCUUGAUCAUAUUCCCAAAUUGCAAACAAUCCCCUUGUAGUAGUUUUCUUCUUUGGGAUUCUGCUUCCAACAUGUUUAUAACCAUGUAAAUAAGUUAUCUUAAAGCUGCAUCUUUUACUCCCUCACCAACUUCCCUUGCUCUCUUAUCUUGUUUUCUUUUACUUGAGUGUAAGUUAAAUUAUUUCUUGAAGCAACAUAUAACUAAAGCUGACUGUGGAAGCUUCAAUUAUAGGAAUGCAACAGCAGGCUGUGAUAUUUAAAACACUGCAAUAGCAGGUUAAUUCCAAUUGCUCUAGGUUCCUCAAGCAA